GGACCCAACGGACAGCGCGGACAAGAUGGCGCUCCCGGACCACAAGGACCCGCUGGACAGCCUGGACCAGCUGGACCACCAGGACAAGAUGGACAACCCGGAGCUCCUGGAGGCCCUGGACUUCCAGGAAACGAUGCCGCCUACUGCCCAUGCCCACCACGUUCAGCAGUAUUCGUGUCGAGAUUCACUCACUAAAUCAACAAUGCUUUUAUUAUCAUUACGACUCGCUUACGGUAGCUACCGUGUUAGAUAGCG